AUCAAAACUGCCGCUUCAGCCACCUUCACUCUUCACUUCUAACGCAAAGCAUCAAUCAAUAAUCACAAUCCACACAGAAUUCACCAAGCAAUCUCUCGACGCUAGAUUCAUCGAAUCCGAACUCGUAAUCACGCCUUGCCAGUGUUGUUUAUCACAGUUAAUUUCAAUUGAUCAUUCGCAGAAAUGAAUCCCGAGAAGUUCACACACAAGACUAAUGAGACCCUCGCCGCGGCUCACGAGCUCGCAAUGAGCUCAGGCCACGCUCAAUUCACUCCUCUUCACUUCGCCGCAGCGCUGAUCGCCGAUGCAAACGGUAUUUUCAGGCAAGCAGUGGCCGGGGCAGGUUCCGGCGAAGAUUCGGUUAACGCGGUGGAGAGGGUUAUCAACCAAGCGAUGAAGAAGCUGCCGUCACAGACGCCGCCUCCCGACGAGAUACCGGCCAGCACGUCUCUGAUCAAGGUCAUCCGCCGCGCUCAGUCGCUGCAGAAAUCGCGUGGCGACACGCACUUAGCAGUCGAUCAGCUGAUCCUAGGGCUUCUGGAAGAUUCCCAAAUUCAGGGCCUUUUGAAGGAGGCUGGCGUGACCACCGCUAAGGUGAAAUCGGAGGUUGAGAAACUGCGGGGUAAGGAGGGGAGGAAGGUCGAGAGCGCGUCCGGAGACACCAAUUUUCAGGCGCUGAAGACCUACGGCCGUGAUCUCGUGGAGCAGGCUGGGAAGCUUGAUCCGGUUAUUGGAAGAGACGAGGAGAUUAGGCGAGUUGUUCGUAUCCUCUCGAGGCGGACUAAGAACAAUCCGGUUCUAAUUGGAGAGCCAGGAGUUGGUAAGACUGCGGUGGUGGAGGGAUUGGCUCAGAGGAUCGUUGCUGGAGAUGUCCCGAGCAAUCUUGCCGAUGUGAGGCUGAUUGCAUUGGAUAUGGGCGCGUUGAUAGCCGGAGCUAAGUAUAGAGGGGAAUUUGAGGAGAGACUGAAAUCCGUUUUGAAAGAGGUGGAAGAAGCUGAGGGGAAGGUGAUACUGUUCAUCGAUGAAAUUCAUCUAGUUUUAGGGGCGGGACGGACAGAGGGGUCGAUGGACGCUGCGAAUCUCUUCAAGCCGAUGCUCGCAAGGGGGCAGUUGAGGUGUAUUGGCGCAACGACGCUUGAGGAGUACAGAAAGUAUGUCGAGAAGGAUGCUGCCUUCGAGAGGCGAUUCCAGCAGGUGUAUGUGGCGGAGCCCAGCGUUGUUGACACGGUUAGCAUCCUGAGGGGUUUGAAGGAGAAGUACGAAGGGCAUCACGGUGUUAAGAUACAGGAUAGGGCGCUUGUGGUGGCGGCUCAGUUGUCAUCGCGUUACAUCACUGGACGUCAUCUACCGGAUAAGGCGAUUGAUCUUGUUGACGAGGCCUGCGCGAAUGUGAGAGUCCAGCUCGACAGCCAGCCGGAGGAAAUUGACAAUAUGGAGAGGAAGAGGAUACAGUUGGAAAUCGAGCUCCACGCUCUGGAUAAGGAGAAGGAUAAAGCUAGCAAGGCUCGACUUGUUGAGGUGCGUAAAGAGCUUGAUGAUCUGAGGGAUAAGCUGCAGCCUUUGAUGAUGAAGUACAAAAAAGAGAAGGAGAGAAUUGAUGAGCUCAGAAGGCUGAAGCAAAAGAGGGAUGAGCUAAUGUAUGCCUUGCAAGAAGCCGAGAGGAGAUAUGAUCUUGCGAGGGCUGCAGAUUUGAGGUAUGGAGCCAUUCAGGAAGUUGAAGCCGCCAUUGUGAACCUUGAAGGUGGUGCUACUGAGAAUGGGAUGCUUACGGAGACUGUGGGGCCGGAUCAGAUCGCGGAGGUCGUGAGCCGCUGGACGGGUAUACCUGUGACGCGUCUUGGCCAGAAUGACAAGGACAGGCUGAUCGGUCUUGGUGAGAGGCUGCACCAGCGUGUCGUGGGGCAGGAUCAGGCGGUCACUGCUGUUGCAGAGGCUGUGUUGAGAUCACGGGCUGGUCUUGGAAGGCCUCAGCAGCCGACUGGUUCGUUCCUGUUCCUUGGUCCGACCGGUGUGGGUAAAACGGAGCUAGCCAAGGCGCUGGCUGAGCAGCUCUUUGACGAUGACAGCUUAAUGGUGAGGAUAGAUAUGUCCGAGUACAUGGAACAGCACUCUGUUGCUCGACUGAUUGGCGCUCCGCCUGGGUACGUUGGGCACGAGGAGGGUGGCCAGUUGACUGAGGCUGUGAGGAGACGGCCUUAUUGCGUUAUCCUGUUUGAUGAAGUGGAGAAAGCCCAUCCGACAGUGUUCAAUACUUUGCUGCAAGUUUUGGACGAUGGCAGGCUGACUGACGGCCAAGGCCGUACCGUAGACUUCACGAACUCGGUGAUUAUCAUGACCUCGAACCUUGGAGCAGAGUAUCUUCUGAGAGGAUUAAGCGGGAAGUGCACCAUGGAAAGCGCUCGUGAGUUGGUGAUGCAAGAGGUGAGGAAGCAGUUCAAGCCGGAGCUGCUCAAUCGCCUGGACGAGAUAGUGGUCUUUGACCCUCUGUCGCACGACCAGCUGAGGAAGGUGUGCCGCCUCCAGCUCAAAGACGUUGCAAAGCGUCUGGCAGAGAGGGGCAUCGCCAUGGCCGUCACUGAAGCAGCGCUUGAUGUCAUAUUGGCCGAGAGUUAUGAUCCGGUAUACGGUGCACGGCCUAUAAGGAGGUGGCUGGAGAAGAGGGUGGUGACGGAGCUCUCGAAGAUGCUGGUGAAGGAGGAGAUAGAUGAGAACUCCACAGUGUUUGUUGACGCUGCAAUAGAUGGAACAGCGCUAACGUACCGGGUUGAGAAGAACGGAGGGCUCGUCAACGCAGCAACGGGGGAGAAGUCGGAUAUAUUGAUCCAGAUCCCUAACGGGGUGCGAUCAGAUGCAGCCCAGGCGGUGAAGAGGAUGAAGAUUGAAGAGAUUGAUGAUGAGGACAUGGAUGACUGAAGUUGUUAACUGAGUUUGGGGUUUUUUCUGUUGUUUUUGGCUGUGUUUCUUUGUUUGGUUCCUUAAAUUUCUGAUAUAUAAGUGUUGGAGUAAGGUAAA